AUGGCCCUCUUACCGCCUGAAUUAUGGAAAGAGAUCGUAGAUUUCUUUUCCGAUUACCGAAGCCUACGUUCCUUACUAUUGGUCAAUAAAACUUUUAGCUCUUUUGCUGUUCGUAAACUCUAUGAUAAAAUUAUUAUAGGGCCUCAUAUAGAUUUUAAUAAACUCGCAGACUCGAUCUCGAUUAGCAGUAAUGUUAAUGGUAAACAAAUAGCAUAUUACAAUUAUGCUUCCUUAGUUCGUACAAUUUCAAUUACUUCUUGUGAUCGAGAAAAUGAAUUCCCUUGGUUUCGUUUGCCAUCAGUUUUAACACAAUGUUUUAACGCAAAUGGAAUUUUAAUUAGUCCCAGAGAACAAUAUGCAGAGUCACAAGUCAUUGCGGUUAUGGAAGUCGUUAAAUCUACAACUUUAGUUACAAAAUAUUUAGCUAAAGCGGUAGAAAUUCUUUCUUCUAGAAAAGUUCGUAAAUUAUGUUUAAGAUCUCUACGAUUUUUAGGAGAAUUCCAAAGACAUGGGAGUUAUUUUUCUUCAGCUUUGAGUCUUUUACGUGAUUUAGAAAGUUUAGAAUUUUGGCAUGAAAGUGGUAGGCCAUUAGGAGAAGUUGGUAAAAAAUGUAUAGUUAAGUUAAUUGAAAAUAAUGAUUUAAAAGAACUUAAUUUAGAUUAUUAUGUCGUUGAUGAUUUAGAGUUUGAAAAUCUUGUAUCAAUUUUUGUUAAUUUACCAAAUUUAUAUUCAUUAACUUGGUGGGGUACUAAAUUCAACAAAGAAGAAGAAGAAUAUCUUUAUCAAGUUAUUUUUCAACAAUGUAAAAAUUUAAAAAAAUUAAUUAUUGAAGUAUCCAGUUUUCAUGAAGGAGAGGACUUUCUUAUUCUUUCUAAACACUGUAAAGGAUUAGAAGAAUUAAUAACUUGGCAUGAUAUUGAUGGAGGUGCUUUACCUCUUUCUACAUUAAUGAAUUUAGUUGUCAUGAAUAAGUCUACUUUAAACCGAAUCGACGCUUGGGUCUCUCUUGCUGACCCCCCAUCUUCACGUCGUUCUGUAAUUAAUAUUUUUGAUGAUACUGAUUCCGGCUCUGAAUUAGAUAACGAUGCUUCACCAAGUGACUUGCCAUCAGAACGUAAUCAAUUUGAAUUUUAUCAUCCAGCAAAUACUAAUUCAUAUUCCGAAUGGGUAGAAUCAUUAUUUAAUACAUUUUUGCCUACAAAUCGAGCUUGGAAUGACAAUUAUGAUAUUUCGGUAUCUCAUCCAAAUCUUUCUAGAAUGUUAGUAACUUAUAGACAAGAUAUUGAGAAUAAUUGGCAAAUGUUAGUGGAAGAACAUCUGGGAAAACCGAUUAAAGAUAUAUGUUGUAAUUUAGAAGAGUUAAAACUUUUUUUGACUUUUUGGUAA